AUGGCUGAUGCGCCUACUGCCAGCGAUGAGCUCUACCCCAUCGCCGUCCUUAUUGACGAGCUCAAGCACGACGAUGUCCUAUUGCGCUUGAAUGCAAUUCACCGACUCUCUACUAUCGCCCUCGCCCUUGGUGCUGAGCGCACCCGAGACGAGCUCAUUCCUUUCCUCGAUGAGUCCGUCGAGGAUGAGGAUGAAGUUCUUGUCGCCCUGAGCGAGGAGCUCGGCAGCUUUAUUGAAUAUGUCGGCGGCCCUGCUUGGGGUCACGUCCUGCUGUCCCCCCUCGAGAACCUUGCCGCCAUUGAGGAGCCUGUCGUCAGAGACAAGGCCGUCGAGUCGCUCAACAAGAUCUGCACCGAACUCUCCUCCCAGCAAGUUGAGGAGUACUUCAUUCCUCUCACAAUCCGCCUUUCCAAAGCCGAUUGGUUUACUUCAAAGGUCUCAGGAUGCGGUCUCUACACUGCACCAUACUCGAAAGUCUCUCCCGCAGUCCAGGAGCAGCUCAGACAACAGUUUGGUCUCCUGGUCCACGAUGAGACCCCCAUGGUCCGCCGCCAGUCCGCCACACAUCUCUCCAAGUUCGUCAAGGAGAUGCCCGCCACUAUUGUCGUCGAGGAAAUGAUACCCCUGUUCCAGCACCUCGCACAGGACGACCAGGACAGCGUGCGCCUUCUUACCGUUGAGAUUCUCAUUGCCAUUGCCGAGGUCGUACCCAAGGAACAGCAAGCAAGCCAUGGCGUUUUGCUCACAACCCUGCGCAACUUGAUAGAAGACAAGAGCUGGAGAGUUCGGUACAUGAUCGCCGAUAGGUUCGAGAAGAUCGCAAAAGCUGUAGACGAGGAAGUUGUGUCGAGAGAUCUGGUUCCUGCUUUCACCAAGCUACUCAAGGAUAACGAGGCUGAAGUACGCACUGCCAUUGCUGGCCAAAUUCCUGGCUUCUGUGCUCUGGUUGACAGGACCGUUCUAUUGAACGAUAUCAUGAGCAAUGUCGAGGACCUGGUUUCGGAUACUUCUCAGCACGUUCGUGCUGCCCUUGGCACCCAGAUCAGUGGACUUGCGCCUAUUCUGGGCAAGCAAGAGACUAUUGAUCACCUGCUACCCAUGUUCUUGCAGAUGCUGAAGGACGAAUUCCCCGAGGUUCGCCUUCAUAUCAUUUCGAAACUAGAGCUCGUUAACCAAGUUAUUGGCAUUGACCUUCUUUCUCAAUCGCUUCUCCCGGCCAUCACACAACUCGCAGAGGACAAGCAAUGGAGAGUUAGACUUGCUAUCAUCGAGUAUAUCCCGCUGCUGGCAAGCCAGCUAGGUGUCAAAUUCUUUGACGAGAAACUCAGCGGACUUUGCAUGGGCUGGCUGGGUGACACAGUCUUCUCAAUCAGGGAGGCUGCCACUCACAACUUGAAGAAGCUGACUGAGGUAUUUGGCGUUGAGUGGGCCAGCGAGGCCAUCAUUCCCAAGGUCAUGGCCAUGGGCUCGCACCCCAACUACCUGUACCGCAUGACCACAACGUUUGCAAUCACAACACUAUCUACUGUGGUGAGCUUGGAGGUCAUUGACAAGUCGAUUCUACCUAUGCUGGAGAAGCUUGUAGAAGAUGAUAUUCCCAACAUUCGAUUCAAUGUUGCCAAGACUUACGGUGCCCUUGUCGACACGCUGAAGCGGCUGCCCGAGACUGGCACCAUCUACGAAUUGGAGAAGGCUGGCAACAAGGACUUGACCGCCGCUCCCAAGUCUCUGGAGCUGAUCAACGAAAGGGUUUUGCCUAGCCUGGAGAAACUGCAGAAGGACGACGACGUGGACGUUAGAUAUUUCGCCACCACGGCAGCAGCGCAAGCCCCUGGCGCAAGCACUGGUGGAGACCCGAUGAACACGUCGCCAUAA